ACUGAAGGCAUCCGGAGUUAAGCCUUCCAAGGAAUCGUAUGAGACCAUAAUACGAAUCUGUGAGAAACGCGGGGACGUAUAUGCAGCCGAGCAGCUGUGUCACGAUUUCUCGUCGCGAACAAGCACAGUAGCUCUGGACUCGUUACUGCGACUGCAUCUGAUGAACGCGGACUUUGAAAGCGCCACAGAGGUCUUAGUCAGUCGACAAAACCUAGGCCUUCUCACACCUGGCCACUUCAACGCCAUCAUGGAGGCAGGCCUGGAGCACCAUGCGUCUAUGCAGUCCUUCAAAGCCCUGGCCCUCAUGGAUACACUCAACGUAGCGCCCGACAGACGGUCGUGGAUGCUACAGUUUAAAGCCGCACGCGCCAUGCCUCCCCCUCGAACGUCAUACUUCACCAAGUCCAUUUGGGACAAGUUCAAGAACUCGCCCACCGAGAAAUACGAUCCGCUUAUCUUCACCGCGUACUUGCGUGCUCUGCUGUUCACGGGCGACCGAGGCCAAGCCACGAUCGAUCUGAUGGCGGAACUAAGGGACAAGCUCACAACAAACUUUGACGAUCUCAAGGACACCCCACACAACAAACCACUCGGAGGUUUCCAUACGUCCCUUAUCCCCUGUCACAUCCACCCUCCAGCCCUGCCCGAACAGGACACCGAGUUCAUCGCUCGCUUGGGGCCGUUUGCCCUGCGCACUGUUCUCGAUGGCAUGUGUCUGCAACGGCCUCUGCGUGAAUGCACAGUCAAAGACGCGUAUGUCCUAGCCAAACUGGGACAAACCGUCUUCAACACCAGCCCACACACAGCGGCCGCUACGGCUGGUGAGCGCCCACUCACGCAUCAUGUGGGGGCGAUUGGGGGGGUGAUUGGGGG